UUCCGGUUUUCUCGAGCGGCCUCAUUCAAUAACAAAUGAAAAGUGAAACGGCCGAUUGUUGGUGUUUGCUUAUUUACUUCUGUAUAGCCUCGAAACAAUGCCUGUGUGUGACAUCUGCUGUGAAGAGCUUCUGUCUGAGGCAGAGAUGAAAACACAUCUCCUGCUGAGCCACAUGGAGAAUCUGAUGGCCUGUCCAUUCUGCUCUUUAUCCGGAGUCUCGUAUGAUGAACUGAGCUUCCACAUCAACACCGCACACACGGACAAAGAUUACCAGGACACAAAUGUGACAAUGGUUAACAGUGGACAGAAAAAUGACUGCAUUACUAAAAGUACCUCAAAUGUAAAUGCAACAAAUACGUGCAAAGCAUCACAUCAGCUGCUACCUCAAGUAAAUGGGACGGCUACCCAAAUUACAGGGACUAGUCAUUCCCAAGGACCCUCAGCUAGUCGUAAAAGUUCACCACCUGCAGCAGCUACAGCGAAUGGUGCAAUAAAACUGGUCAGAACAACACAAACACCCAGUAAUUACACCAGAAGGAAGAGUGAAGAUGGGCACCAAAAAUCAAAGCAGAAGCGCUUGUCUUCACCAUUUAAAGAAGGAUGCUUCCCAUGUCCAAUGUGCAAUUUGGUUUACAGUGACUGCUUUGCUCUUCAGGAGCAUGUUGAGAUUCAUCUACAAGACCAAGAUGCAGGAACUGGGUCUGAUGUUGAAACAUUAACUAAAAUAUCUGCUGAAAGCAAUGACAGAGCGGGUGGGAUGCGUUAUGAGUGUCCGAUGUGUUCCCUGAGGUGUUCCUGCAGCAGUUCACUGCAAGAGCAUGUUGAGCUGCAUUUGGAAUACAGCUCUGCAUCUGCUACAGGUCAUUCACCGGGGGAAGAUCUGACUCUGGCCAGGAAGCUUCAGGAGGAAGAGGAGCAAAACUGGAGGGAGGUACAGACAAGGCGGGAAGCUGAAGACUUUAAGAAGCUCCAGAAGCAGUUUGGGCUUGAUAACAGUGGUGGCUAUCGGAAGCAAAUGGAGAGGAAUCUGGACAGGGCUGUGUCUCGAGGUCAGAUGCUUCCUGCAGAUUUCCACAGGAAGAGAGCGGAGAUGCUGGAGUCUUUGGCCUCAGGGGUGGAUGAUGGCAGAAGCAAAACUUCAGGUCUUAUGGAAGCUCUGUAUAGAUAUUAUCAGAGAGACGCGUCUGACUGUGCGCAUGUCUGGCUUUGUGCUGAGACUGAUCACUACUCCUCUUCGGAGGGGGAUAAAGGAUGGGGAUGUGGAUACAGAAACUUCCAGAUGCUUCUUUCAUCUUUGCACAGGAUGGAGCAGUAUAAGCAUUUACCUGUUUCAGUGCCCAGCAUUCCCAGAGUCCAAGCUUUGAUGGAAGAGGCGUGGGCUCAAGGUGCAGAUCCUCAGGGUGCUUCACACUUCAACAAUCGGCUGCAGGGCACACGGGCUUGGAUAGGAGCUACAGAAAUAUAUGCAGUCCUCACUUCUCUUAGUGUGAAAGCCAGAAUUGUGGAUUUUCACAAGCCCACUGGUCCAAGAGAGACACACCCCAGGCUGUUUGAGUGGGUGAAACAGUAUUUCACACAUUCUACCAGCAGGGGUGCAAGACUGCCACCUAAAGUAGUGCAGACAACAUUACCACCUGUAUAUUUACAGCAUCAAGGCCACAGUCGUUCCAUCAUCGGAAUGGAAGAGAAAGCGAAUGGUAAACUAUGCCUCCUCUUCUUCGAUCCGGGGGUUACACCAGCAGAAAUGAAGAAAGUGUUGUCUCAGGAUACAGUAACGUCCAUGGUACAACGUAUGCGCAAAUAUACCAGUGGCCUAAAACACAAACAGUAUCAAGUGGUCAUUGUGGAAGGGGUGCUAACAGCUGAGGAGAAACAGAGUCGUAUUUUAAAUUCAAGGACACUACGUGCAGAGAAAAUCCCCUGAUGGAAUCCCCUGACUGCAGUUUUAUCUACUAGCCCUUGCUACUUUUAUCAAUCUGCCCCAUGAUGCACUGUGAAACACAGUAUUUUUGUAUAAAUGUCAAUAAACAUAAAUAAAUAAUGAGUUUUAUCUUA